CUAUAUAAGAAGCACCAGCCAUGUUGGAGGCGGCAGCAGCAGCAGCAGCAGCACAAAGUGUAAUCAAACUGAGUUGCACUAUGAGGCCGCUCGUUGUGCUCGGUCUGGUCCUUGUGGUCGCCGGGGUAGCGCUGGAGGGCGCCGCCGCCGCCGGGGAGUGCGGGAGGGCCUCCGCUGACAGAGUGGCGCUGCGGCUGGCGCCGUGCAUCUCGGCGGCCGACGACCCGCAGUCGACGCCGACGAGCAGCUGCUGCUCGGCCGUGCACACCAUCGGGCAGAGCCCCAGCUGCCUCUGCGCCGUCAUGCUGUCCCGCACCGCCAGUGCCGCCGGGAUCAAGCCGGAGGUCGCCAUUACCAUCCCAAAGCGCUGCAACAUGGCCGAUCGCCCCGUCGGCUACAAGUGCGGAGACUACACGCUGCCCUGACGACCUCAUGACUGAUGCCGCGCUAGUGAUCAACGAGAUGGAUGCCACGGAAGGCUUUGUGUGUUGGAAUAAUUGAGUCCGCGCGAACCAUUAACGUGGACGAGGGGCUGUAGCUCCCAAUCACACUGAAGUGUGCAUGUCGUGUAUGUUGUUGUCAAAAUAAUCUAUUACUUCGUAUACGGGCUUAAAAUGAGGA